ACACCGACCCCUGCAAGGCCUCUCCAGUGCUCCCCUGUGGCAUGGGUGCAUGCACCAAGGCACCUGCCCCGUGGGACCCGUCUAUCCUUGUGCCCUCCUGCAAGUGCCCCUUCAAUCUCCCCUCCUUUGAACCCUCUCACCUCGCCGGCCUGCCCUCCUGCUUCCCUGACUCCUUCUCAUGUCGCCAGCUCGCCAGCAACCCAUGUGCCCCGGGGGUGUGCAUUGAUGAAAUGGACGGCACCUACUCCUGCCUCUGCCCCUCGCCCUUCUUCCCCUUCUACUUCUUCCCCAAAGGCACUGCCCGCUGCCACCUCUUGCCAAUCUUUCUGUCACCUUACGGCCUCACAUGCCCGCUCAUUCUCAACACUUACGGGCUCACACAAUCCGAGUUCUUCGACCAAAACAAGGGGUUCAAUUGCCGAGCGCCCAUCCCUGUGAACACAGUUGUCAACGUCACCAGCCGGGCUUUCUCGCCAUGCACUGCCAUGUACUCUGCUAACUAUGGUGACACGUGUGACUCCCUCAGCGCCCUCUUCUCCACGCAGAUACAGCCGCUCAACCCCGCCCUCACCUGCUCCGAUGGGCCCAGGCCCGGCCAGGUGAGCAUCGGUGCAGAUGGGUGCAGAUGGGUGCAGCUCCUCUGUGUGGACUUCAACCACACCCAAGGCAUGCUCGUGAGUGAGUGGAGCCCUCAACCACCCCCGCGUCUAGCCAGCUACACCACCGACGGAGCGCUCGUGACUGUGCUGCAGGGCCCGCAGACCUGCCAACAGCUGUGGCGGGCGUUUGCCAUCGCCUCCCCCACGCGCUUCUUCCAGAUGAAUCCCGGUCUCUCGUGCGAUGAGCUGCUGCCUUACAGCCCCCUGCAUGGCAACAUGAUGAGCCGGAUUUGUGUGGCUGGCACUGACACGCGGCCUUUCUCUGGUUUUAUAUGUGCGACCAAGAGACCAUACAGUGUGAACCACGGAGAUACAUGCGGCAUGUUGAUCGUCAAGAAGUAUCGACGCAGCGCGGAUGUGUUUAGGGACCUUAACAACGGAUAUGAUUGUACAGUGAGUAGGUUAUUUGCUGGCAUGUUGCUUUGUUUGCCUUGA